UACGGCCACGGCAAUGACGUGUUUUGCGCCGCCGCCAGCCCGGACGGCCGCUACCUAGCUUCCGCGUGUAAGGCCCAGACCGCCUCUACUGCCGCCGUGUGGAUUUGGUGCACCCGGUCAUGGAGGUCGGUGGCCCAGCUGCGGGCGCACACCCACACCGUCACCCAGCUGGAGUGGAGCCCGUCGGGGACACUCCUUGCGGCGGCGAGCAGAGAUAGGACCUUCUCGAUCUUUCGC